GAAAAAAACUGUAUAUUUUAUAUUCAUAUCAGUGGGGCUAAAUUUGGUAAGAACAUAUAAGUAGCUCGUUUCUCCCCAAUUCAAUUCAAUCCAAUCAGAUACAAAACCUAAUCGAUCUCUCUCUCGAAUUCGCGAAAGCGUUUGACUGGCAGGGAGUACUAUGGCACCAAGGAAAAAUAAGAAGAAAAAAGGGAAUGUUGCUGAAUCUACUCAAUCAGAGUUACCAUCCGAACAGAAAACUCCUCAAUCUUUGAAACCUAAAAAGAAAACUGUGAAGAAGUCAGCUAAUCAAGGUUCUGCAAGUAAGAAAAUUUUGGACAAAGGAAAUAUUACAAAUAAAGAAGAAAAUCAAGUGAAUGACGGUAAUACUGCUGGAUACACUAAAAAAUCUUUGAUUUUAGGAAAAAUUACUCCAGAAAAGCCUAAAAAUGAAGUAGCAAAGAAGUUCGCUAAUCAAGAGGAAGGAGUAAAAAUUACUGAAGGCCGAGGUGGAGAUGAUGAUACAACAAAUAAAAAAGACAACAAGUUGAAGACUGAUAAGAAAAGAAAUGUUGCAAAUAAUCUGAGGCAUGAAAAAAGCACCCAGAGAGAUCAGACGGCAGAGAAGAAUCUUGGUGGGCUGAUUUUCAUGUGCAACAGAAAAACUAAAUCAGAUUGUUUUCGCUACCAAGUGAUGGGUGUCUCAGCAAACAAAAAAGAGGUUGUGAUGGGUAUAAAACCUGGACUCACUCUUUUCCUAUAUGACUUCAAUCUUCGACUUCUGUAUGGAAUAUACAAGGCAUCGUCUGCGGGUGGCAUGAAGCUUGAACCAGCUUCUUUUGGUGGAGCUUUUCCUGCUCAGGUUCGGUUCAGGGUUCACAAGGACUGCCGUCCAUUACCUGAGAGUGUAUUUAAAAAGGCAAUCAAGGAUAAUUACGAUGACAGAACACACAAAUUUAAGACUGAGUUAACUAUUGAGCAGGUAAAGAAGCUAACACGCCUAUUUCAAGCUGUCCCAUCACUGCAGUCAGAUGCAAAUUCUUCUCUUCACAAACCUUCGCCAAGCAUCUACCUCCCACCUCCAGAGUUGGUUGAAGAGACCCGUGCUGGUAGAUCAUUCACAGAUCAAUAUAUUAGCAGAAAUUCAGCAGCUGAAUAUCGUAUUCCCUUUAAUCAUGAAAAGGUGGCAGAGAAAUAUAUCCAUCCCAACCAUGUACCUUCUUCUAGUCCUCUUUUUCUUUCGGAAAAAGAGUACAGAAGUUAUGGGCUUCGUGGAGAAAGGCCUGACUCUGCUAUUCCAGGACAUUCGUUUGGUCCUUAUAGAGGUAAUCAAGAAGGGGAGCAGCCUUGUAGGAAUCUGGGUUCGUCGAGUGGCGCUGAAACCUUGACGCCGAGAGGAAGUACACACUCUGAUGAACUUUUUCUCAGUGAAAAAGAUUAUCGGACUUAUGGACUCAGGAGGCGGAAUGAAGGACCUCAAAAGAGUUCUUCAAUAGAAUAUAGACCUACUUUCGAUGGUUACCAUACUGUGGAUAUGUAUAAUCCUUACCAUGACAAUACCACCUCAUUGGUGAAUCGGUAUCUGUUGCCUCCAUCAGAGCCUUUGGAAAAUAAGCAGUUGAGCCAGACUUAUGGCAGUGAUACCAGAAACAAUUUUGGCAGAGUAGCUUCGGAUGAAAGAGAGAGGUUGUAUUCGAGAUAUGCCUCAGGUUUGCCUUCAGAUUACAAUAAAGAAUUCCACCACCUCGCAGGUGAAGUUAGAUCAAGAUCUUCUCCAGUUUCUUCUCGGUAUUCUUUUGCUGGCCCUUCUGUGUUGUAUCGCUGACUCGACAUUGCGUCUGAAUUUAAGAUUUCUAGUUAGAAGUGUUUUGCAAGCAAGUGAGCAGUGCCUGACUAGUCCCCAGUAAGUCACAAUGAAAGCAGCAUUAUAGCUUGUACACUACAUCUUCCCCUGCUGAAUUUUUCACUGUUUGUAACAUUUUUUAGCAUAUUCAAAGUUUGAAUUAUUAUAUAAUGCAUAACUUUUUGGAAAUAAAGUGGAGUUUCCUGCUAA